AGAUAUUAGGCUAGCCUGCACGAGCAGUUGCUUUUCCCUUCUCCUCGACAAAGUUUUGCAGCGUCUCGCCGUCGUCGCGCCCCAUCGUUUAGAACGUAGCUACGUACCCCCAUCGCGAUCAUGUGUUCCCCCGGCGCCAAUGCCAACGCCGGUGCCGCCAGCGACGGCGACACUAUUGAUAGCAGCGGCCCUUCGCUCGAAGUGGACAGCGACCCGUCGGACAGAGACUCGGCCCUGGGCGACAAUCAGUCUUCGUACACAAUGUCAGCGACGUCUAGUGUCUACAACUUCCGCUACGAGAACGGCCGGCGCUACCAUGCAUACGCCGAAGGGAAAUACCCUGUGCCGAACGAUGAGAUCGAGAAGGAUAGACUGGAUCUCCAACACCAGGCUUUCCGGUUGACCCUCGACGGCAGGCUCUACUGCGCUCCCAUCGCGAAAGACAUCCAACAUGUUUUGGAUGUCGGCUGCGGCACUGGCAUAUGGACGAUUGAAUUCGCAGAUGAUCAUCCGUCAGCCCAAGUGAUAGGAACGGAUUUAAGUCCAAUCCAGCCAACAGCCGUACCGCCCAACUGCUCCUUCCUCAUCGAUGACUGCGACCAAGACUGGAUAUUCCACAACCAGUUCGACUACAUCCACACGCGAGCCAUGGUCGCAGCCAUCAAGAACUGGGACCGUUUCUUCGAACAAGCAUACGCCAACCUCAAGCCCGGCGGCUGGAUCGAAUGCCAAGAAAUUUCCUUCCCCGCCCUCUGCAUGGACUCCUCUCUCACCCCCGAAACCUCGCCCAUCCUGCGCUGGUCCUCGCUCUUCAUUGAAGCAGCCGCAAAAACCGGUCUCGACGCCACAGCGCCCUCAAAUCUCGCCGCAAAACUGCGUGCUGCGGGCUUCGUCGACAUCCACGCCAAGUGCUACAAGUGGCCGAUUGGGCGUUGGGCAAAAGGCGCGAAGCUGAAGCUCCUGGGCUACUAUGUGUAUGAGGAUGUGCUGGACUGGCUGCCGAGCAGUGCUUUGGGCCUGUUUACCAGGGUGCUCAAGUGGAGUAGGGAGGAGGUGGAGGUCUUUCUGGCCGAGUGUAGGAGGGAGUUGAAGGAUAGGAAGGAUCGGCAUUUUUAUGCGAAUACAUACUUCUGGACCGCACGCAAAGCCGAGGACGCUUCUACCGCGCAUCUCAACAACGACUUCACCAAGGACGAAGAGCAGAUCGAGACGGACGAAGGAUCGCAGGCCUCCGCCGAUCCAAGGGAAAUGCUAACAAACGAGGAAGACGUCCUGCCAACAACAACCCAGGAUCCAGCAGAUGCCGCUGCACCGGUGCCUUCACCCGGCGCACUCGUAGACCCCACCGCCGAACUCUCCCUCGCCACGCCACCAGCACAAGAAGAGAAAGGCGAGGACUCUUCGCCACCACAGCAAACAGCUCCAUCCGACCCCUCCCGACGCUCAGCCCUGAGCAUCGAGGAGAUACUAAACCCUACUCCCCCUGCAACCUCCUCCUCCUCCGAAACCCAACCCCCUCAAAGCUCGCAGACAACUCUCGUCGAGAACGCGCAUCCGACACCGACACCGACACCGACGACGCAUUCCGAAUCAGGAGAAUCAGGCGCAACACGCAUGUUCGCCAGCAUCGCGGGAGAAGCUAAAACAGUACCGCACGAGGAUAAGGAUACUCCACCCGCCGUCGCCAUCGAAGGAGGAGUCCUUGAGAAAGAGACGGAGAAGGAGAAGGAGACCAAGCAAUAGUACGUUGCGCUUUGAUGAACGCCUGGCGUCUGUCGCGCGCGCAGCUUAAGAAGCGCGGGAGCCGUACUGCCACAGGGGGGGGCCGUGUAGCCCGAGGUGUCAUGAGUAGUAGUAGUCGUAGUCCGAGUCCAUGGUUCUUUCCAAUACCCCCUACUUCUCUACUUACUUCGAAAGUCCGGUCGAUUAACGCGGCCAUGUUGCUUGUAGACGUCCUUGCAAGGCGGAGCCGUAUAUCACAAAGGAAUGACUAUAUUUCAC